AAUUUUUUAUUCUCUGGCGACACCCAACAGACUUGAAGGAAACUGCACCCGUGGUCUAUCAACUUGUUGCUUUUAAAGCUUUUGGCUUCUUUGGGCAAUUUGAUCGUUGCAGGACAAAGUCGCGCUUGUGACAGGGACCCUCAGUGACCCAUCGGACAACCGUGAGUGUGGGACUUUUAUGGGCUUCCACACCGACGUCAGGCACCUCGCGUCACCGUGAAGAUGGCGGAGGCUGCGGAGACACCACAACACCGUUUUUUCUGUCACUGCUGUAAAAGUGAAACAAAGCCCAAACUCCCGGAUUUUGUAUGUCCCAGAUGUGAUUCUGACUUCAUUGAGGAGGUGUCAGAAGGCUCCAGUCUUCUGCAGAAUAGUUCACCGGUGUCCAGUGAAGACUCAAACUCGUUGUUUUCAGAGUUAUGGCAGCUGCUGUUCAUGGAGCGGUCCGCUCUGCUGUCCAAUCCACCCUCCUCAGAGUCCGACCCAGAUGACACCGAGCAGGUAUCUUCAGGUCAGAGCUGUCCUUCCCCAGUGACGCCACUCGCUGCAGAGGCUGCAGAACCAGAGUCGCCCUCCUCGUCUGAAGAGGAGAGGUCAUCCAGGCUGGACCAAAGGCCUGCAGUGGAAGGGAUUGUGCAACAGUUUUUGACCGGCCUUUUUUCCAACAACGGAAACCCCGGUGCUACACCAGCUGCCCUAUCCAGUAUGCUACAGUUGCACUCAAACCCUGGAGAUUAUGCGUGGGGUCAAGGAGGUCUUGACGCUGUCAUCACAGAGUUGUUGGGACAGUUGGAGAGCACAGGUCCGCCCCCUGCUGAAAAGGAGAUGAUCUCAUCCCUGCCAACAGUUUGCAUCUCUCAAGAACAGAAAGGCGGUCCUUGCAUCCUUCGUUCCUCCUUUACCCUCAACCUUUUGGUUUCCUUAACAAUUUUCGUUACCUCUUUUUUCCAUCCACUUCCCAUGCCUAGUUAUGAGUAUUAAUAAGUUGUUAAUAAUUGUAAAAAAUCAUUUAUUAAAUAUGAGGUAAAAUAGUCCUUUAAAUAAAUGUUUAAAAUAGACAUAAAAAAUACAAAAGAAUCACCAAAAUUAAAGAUAUACCUACAGUGCUUAAAAUAUUUAAGUUGACAGUACCAAAACAAUUAGAAACUGAAAUAUAAACAGAAUGUAAUAGGGUUUUAUAUAGUCCAGCCCUUCACUAAAGGAAAUAUUUUCCCAUUUCAUGUUGUUUUGCUAAUUUGUAUUAUUUUUGUAGAAUUGAUUGAGCUUCUAAAUAUGUAUUCAAACAUAAUCAAACUUGGUUACCUAGAAAUGACAAUUGAAGAUUAUAUCAGAAGUAUCAUUGUGCUACAGGCCUGUCUUGCACAUGUGAGUAUGAAUCAUCAAAUAAACAUUGACUUGGUUUGUUUUUUCUACGCUCUCUCUCUCUGUGUUUCUGUUUUUCUUGUUUUUCUC